GACACGCUUGACGCAAACACGGCUAUCAACCUCUUUUUUUCCAUUGUUUUCAAUAACCGCGCGUUUACAAUUCCGCAUUUGAACAAAACGCGUCGUCAUAACCCGGCUGCGCCGUGUCACUACCUACAUCCUGGCGAGAUAGACUUUGUAUAAAACCGACUCAAGCACUCCGCGUGGACGCGCCUCUGCCUGGCCCCGUUCACGCCCCCGCAUAUUCAAUCUGGCGGCUACUGUUCUGACUAAUUACGCGUCUUGGGACCUCCUGGGUAUGGAGUCCAAGGACACGCUGCUCUCAAUAGACAGCCCCUCUGGACUUCGUAACCGUGCCAAGAUCCCUUACCUCAAUCUCGACCCCUCAUCUAAAUACGGUCCCGGCGAGGACAUAUCCCUUGUAACCGAAUCAACAGCAUCCACGCCCAGCGCCUCGAUGUCCCCUGCGACUCCUGGAGACACACCUCUUUCGGCCUCCACAGAUGCUCCCCCGGAUACCCCGGUAAAAGAUGAGGGGUCUGCGGAGGCUUCCGCUGAACCCCGAUCAGCAUCUACGACUGCGACGAGCUCAAAAUCGAAGUCUGGAGAGCCCCGAGAAAAGCGCAAGCGUUCGCGCGUUACUCCCGAACAGCUCACGCAUCUAGAACGCUUCUUCGCCGCUGAUAGGAGUCCGACAGCCGCACGUCGCAGGGAGAUCUCGGAGCUCUUGGGGAUGCAAGAGCGUCAGACGCAGAUUUGGUUUCAGAAUAGGCGGGCGAAGGCAAAGCUGUUAGACAGCAAAAAGUCCAGACAUCUCGGGAAUGAAUGGUCCGACACACCGCCCGACACACCACCUCAGUUGAGUGCUGGAUUUGAGGCUGACCUGCACGGCCUCAUACACGAAGAUCAGCCGAUCGCAAUCAUCCCCUGUACCGAUCUAUCCAUCGGUUCGUGGAGACGCAUUGCAACCGGAAAGCAUGACCUCGUCGCAUAUGUUUGCGAGGCCAAACGCUGCCUGACGUGGUUCAUCCACUCCGCGGGAUACGGAUUUAAAAUGGAGAUACCAUUUGACAUUAUCACACAUACAGAAUUUCGCAAUGCGGCCCCUGGAGAGGGCCUUGCGUCUUUCCACCUUUCUCAACCACCGAAUUUCUACCUUGAACAUAUUUCUUCCCCGCGCUCAUCCGGCGGGAUCGGUAGCGGGAUUAUCAAGGUAUGGAGGAAAUGCUCCGACUGGACGGAGGGGACGCAGGCUUCCCAAGUCCUGCGCCAUGAUCUUGUUGGAUCUGCGGUCCAGCUCGCACAUGUCCUUAGUGACCUUCGAGAGUAUCGACAACGAUCUAAUAUAUCGUUGUUGAGCCCUACGGCAUAUAGCUCAGGUGGGAUGCUUGGCACCCCAUCUUUAACUUCACCAACUACGAUGCAAAUUCCGCAGCCGCCUCUCGCAGGCAUACAGGCCGACCCUUUCCACCAACGGCCUUCUUACAUGGGCCAUUCAAGGAAGCGUUCAAAUUCGGGACCGCCUGCUCUCACGCGUAUAGCUCCCCCGUCAUAUAUAGAGAACCUUUCAUCGGUUAGCCCCGUGGCCGAAUCCGCUGUUCCGCAUCCCUACUCAGCAGGGUACACAUCGACUUCCUUCAACCGGCCUUCUCAAAUACUUUCGUAUCCGCAUGGUCCAAGGGUGGUAUCCGAUUAUAUGCCGAGUACCGUACACAAUCCGCUAGAACAGACAAUGCAGGAGCAAAGCGUACCCGACUACAGUAGCAUUCCCAUAUCCCAUGGCGUAUCCCAACGACCUUUCUCAUCUGGUCCUACGGCUACGCAUUUUUUUCCUGGGAGCGACCGGAAUGCCACUCCAUUCCAAGUCAAUUUACGUGAAUCCUCGAGCUUGCAAUCUCCGCACGGCCUAACACCGUCUCCGCCUCUUAUGUCAUCCCCGUACGAUACAGACCCGUCGUUAGGACUCCAGUCAUUGCAGUACGUUGGACAGGGAGAUGGACAUGUCCAAGGGGCCCGUGGAAGUCCGGGUCAUGACCACGCCUCGUUCGCCAGUGCCUUCACUGGUAGCUCGUCUUCAUCUUCAGACAUCAUUUCACCUCCACCUCCUAUGUAAGAUGUCGGAGUUUCCGCCUGAAGAAGAAUCGCAAGUCUGUCUGGGCCCUGCGGCUUCCCGCUCAAUUACAUCAUCUAUUUGCUAUCUAUCGCACAUCGAAAAUCGUAUACCCUCAAUCGUUUGCCGGUCUCCGUGUUACUUUGCUUUUUUCUCGUGCUUCCGUCACUCAGAGCAAAUGCUCUUGUUUCUUUCUUUUCUUGAUUUAAUCCCCUCUGUCUUGUGAUAUACAGGUUCUCGCUCUUUUUUCUCUCCUGUCGGGCGGCUGCUAAAUCAAAUCUGUCUCGAUCUUUCCUUUAUACCAAAUGCUGUGUUGAUCACCACUUCUGUAGCCAUCAGUCUUCUCGUAGUAUAUCUCUGUCCUGACAUGUUAUAACAGUUGAAUUCG